UUCCACUUAUUCUACGUUUUUCUAGUUAAAACAAUUGAAAAUCAGUAAUAAUGGCUGCAGGAAUUAAAUACAUUUUCCAAAAAGAAGUCUUCGAUGCACUAGAUGAACGGAUCCUGUCGGUGUGCAAUGUUAGCAAAUUGCUGAAGAGAAAAAAGAGUUCUUAUUUGUGUAUUGUAUCCACCACGAAGCCAAGUGUUGUCGUCAGUGUUUGUCAGAUAAAACAAUAUGAAAAGGGUGUUUAUAAGAAAAAGCGAAGUUGGACCCUCGAGGAGAUAAAAUGCAUCGAUGGACGAAACGAAGCUACUGACACGCACGACUUUGAUAUGAUUGUGGAUAAGCCCUAUCGAUGGUUUGCAGCAAAUUUGCAUGAACGUCAGAACUUUAUUUCGGUCCUGUGGAAACAAAUCAAUAGGUACUGCGCUGUGGGCGUAAGGGCUGAAUUUAAAAAUCUUCCCAAGCAGUGGCUUACGGAAAAUUCUCCCGAGAAAAAGGCGGAUGGGAAGUUUGAUACUAGCGACCGUGAUGGUCACGGCGAAGAAGACCUGGAAGAAUUCGAGAAUGAAGAAUUUCAUGCACUUACCGAGAAGGAAGAGGUUAAUCUGAUAAAAUUGAUAUCUGAAUGUGACUACGCUAUCAGUAAUGCGGAACUAUUUAUGGACGACUUGAGUCACAAUCUGCUGCAGCUCGAUGGAGCCAACAUACAAAGUGUUCUUGCCUCGGAGAAGCAGGUUAACAUGUUAAUGGUCCGCAUAGAGGAAGCGAUCAACGAGGCAGAGAAAGUCGAAAAGAGGCUAGAUGCUUACGAUGAAAUCCUCUGCCAUGUUCGGGAUACCAUGGAAAAGAUGGGUGAAAAAAAUCAAAUGAUAGAGAUUGCAAACACCAACAAUGUACGGCUGCUCCAGGAACUAGAAAAGGUCGUUAUGCAGUUGGACUUGCCGCAUACUCAUCAGCUAGCACUCACCGAUACCGACUUGACACCAAAAGGAUUGUCCGCUGCAAUUGCCGCGGGAAAAGCCUUGCAAAUGGCUAUGAAUAGCGACAUCGAUCCGACCCUGCUGCAGCUAACUGCUGUUCAAGAUCAAAGAAAACGGUUCGAAAAAUGGAAGGCUAAAUUUUCACAAACAAUCAGUCGGCACUUGAAUAAUCUAUUUAUACAUCUCGGAAACUUAGGGGAUGCUCAAGCCCUGCAUACAAAUGAUCUUUCACUUCCCAAGCACCAAAACGUACAUAAGGAACUGUUAGCCUUUUUGGAACUAAUGCACUGGAUGAAAACGAUGGAUCGCAAGGCAUACGAUGCGUUGAUCAAAGUAUACAACGCUUCGUUGAGCAAAGUGUACGAUCGUGACAUACGUUUGUUUUUUGAAAACGCUAGGCAGACAUUGGCAUUCAAACGUUUGGGAUCGCGGGAAGACAUUCCCAGUAACGCAAUGAGUAACAAGUUGAAAAUUGGACCUCAAUCGAACAAACAACCGACCCAACCGUACGGUAUUCUCGGCAUUAACAGAGAGCAAUGGGCACCGGGCGCAGAACCAGCCGAACGACAACGGUUUGAUUCAAUUCUGGAAAAAGUGCUUGCUGAACUUGAGCCUGUGGCAUUGAGUGAGCAACAUUUCUGUAUCGCUUUUUUCCAAUUGGACGUGAUAAGCCCAACUGGUAAAAACACUCAAACCACUUUGGAUGCCAGCACCAGCGAACCCGUUGCACAAAGAGACGAUCUGGAUACGACAAUCAAUAUACCCCAACGCCGAAUCGAUCGUCAAAUCAACGAAGAAGUGCGCAAAAUGAUGGGAGAAUUGUUUGCCAACUUGGAGGCAGAACUUAACAGUUUCAUUCUGAGCUUCGAAAAGCUUGAUAGCUACUACUCCUUAUACGUAUUGGUGCGUUUAACUCAACAUGUGAUGUCUGCCCAAGACGCUCAAUCUUUCUUGAGUAUGACUUUUGCCUCUGCGUUAGUCCAUGUGAAGCGGAGUUUCGACAAGUUCAUGCAAUUGCAACUUCAAUCCAUUGAAGACGCUAAGCUUCCCAAACGUUCUAAAUGUGGAUUACUUCCUUAUGUUGAAAAUUUCGAAGAGUUUGCAGCCACCGCCGAGAGUAUAUUUAAGAAGACCGAACGGCGAAACGAUUUGGACAAAUGGUACAUCAAGUUGGUCGAAGCAAUAUUCGAGCGUAUCCCUCUUCACGCCGCAGAGCAUCCAAAAACACCGCAUCAGGUUGUUAAAAUGGAAAACUAUCAUCGUAUGCACUCUUCCCUGUCCCAGUUGAAGGUUCAAGUGCUUGAACCAUUGAGAAAAGAAGCUAAGACACGUUACAACGAUGCCCAAAAGGCAUAUGUUACGAAAUAUUUUGGACGUCCGCUUGAGAAAUUGAAUCAAUUUUUCGAAGGCGUUCAAGCACGUGUGCAGCAGGGAGUAAAGGACACGGAAAUAAGCUACCAAAUGGCUUAUUCCAAACAAGAAUUGCGCAAAGUGAUAAGUCUGUAUCCAGCCCGAGAAGUGAAGAAAGGCCUCGAACAGUUGUACAAGAAAGUUGAGAAACACCUUUGCGAAGAAGAAAACCUUCUUCAGGUCGUUUGGCGUGCGAUGCAACAGGAGUUCAUCACACAGUACAAUUCGUUGGAGCAAUGGAUUCAACGAUGUUACGCUGGUUCUAUGAUAACUCUCGAAUUCACUAUUAAGGACAUAUUAGACUUCUUUUCUGAAAUUGCGCAGUCACAUUAAGUGAAGUGUAAGUGUUAUGUUUAUUGUAUCUUUUAUAUCGGAUAAGCAUGUACUCCAGUAUUUAAUGCAAUGAAAACUACCAAUGGAAAGUUUA